AUUCAGCAGGUCUUUAAGCCUGAUCUAUUAUUCUUAGGUAUUCGAAAGUAACAUUUUCACAUACAUUUAUGUAUGUUAGUGUAGCAGGAUCAGUGUUGGGCACUCUCUAGUAGAUCAGAAGUGUUUUAAAAUGCUGAACGAGUUAGAGGCUGAUUUCUGUCUCACAUAUUAAAUUGGAAUUCUUGUUAUGGAGGUUUUCCAAGCCAGGAUUCAUCAUCUGUAUCUGUGUGUCAUCAUUACUCUACUGACCUAUGCAGAUUGUUCAAGAUCUAUUCAAGUGCAAAAGAUAAAGCAGCACAUCAACAAAACUGUAUUUGUGGGGGAAACAGUUACACUUCAGUGCAACAGAACUCUGGGUGAUGAAGAAAUGUCAUGGAAAAUGAACAACUCCCUUAUAUUUAUACAUAGCCCAUACUUAAACAGAAGUAUGAGAAACUUCACCUCAGACAGGAUGUAUAUUGAUCCAGCAGUUUCAAGGGAAUUGAAAAUCUAUAAUAUAGAAAUGUCUGACGCAGGCAACUAUUCCUGUUAUCCAGCAGCAAUAAGAUGGAUAUUAACAAUAACAGACCAGACCAGACAAGACAAACAAAUCCCCCUCAACAUCAUCAUUUCAUGUACUGGAGUCAUUAUGAUGUGUCUAACAAUAAUCCUCAGCAUCUGGAUUCACAGGACAUGGAAAAACAAAGACUCGUGUCACAGAGAAACAGGGCUGGAUUUUUCACAGGCACCAACCAGAGGACGGAUACAGACUCAAAACAGCCAGUACUUUGAAAGAUACAACUCAGUGUAUGGACAAGUAUGAAACUGAAGAUGAUCAAAUGUACGAACUUUCUGGAACUAAAUCUGUGACAUUUCGCUUUGCUGAACUUAUCAGUGGAGGCACCACUUUACUUUAUGCUAUCCUUUCGGAUCUGUCAUGUUUAGGAAGAACUAUGCAAUACAAAUCACUACACAAAUGGAAUUAAAAUAAUGGGAUCAGGUCAGUGUAAAAUUGAAUAAUAUGAAUGUUCUCAGUAUUACUUAAUGUGUAUGGUAUCUUUUUCCCCUGUUUAUUUAAUCUUUCAUAAUUAAGAUAAUAAGAGUCAGACAGACAAAUACAACCAUUCAGUUCCACCAUUAAUUCCAGUGAACACAAAUCAUCAUAAUACUCCAUACAGUGGGAUUUAGGGAAUUGUGUGCUUCCAAAUUUGUGGCAACAGUUUGGGGAGAGCCCUUUUCUUUUCCAGCAUUACAAUCCCCCCUUGCACAAAUCGAGGUCCAUAAAGAAAGGGUUAACAGAGUCAGGUGUGGAAGAACUUGACUGGCCUGCACAAAGUCCUGACCUGAACCACGAUUUGACCUUUGGGGUGAUCUGGAAUGCCAGCUGUGAGCCUCAUCACCCAGUAUCAGUGCUUAACCUCACUGGUGCUGUUGUGUCUGAAUGAGAGUAAAUCCCUGCAACAUACAGAAUAGUGGAAAGCCUUCCCUGAAGAGUGGACACAGUUAUUGCAGCAAAGGGAGAACUGAUGCCUAUAGUUUUGAAAUGACAUGUUUAAGCACAAGCACAUAUGGUGUCCACAAACAUUUGGUCACAUAGUGUAGGUGAAACGUUACCUUUAAUUGACCAUUUUUACAUGUUUUAAAUGUGAGGACCGGCAUCAUCUUGUCAACUAAUCACGGUUUACAUCACAGUUCAGCUUUAAAAGAAUAAAACAUUUUAUUUCAAAUGGGAAAUGAAGUUCUGUAUGUUGUUUAUCUGAAAAUUCAUUUCACAAAAAAUGUGAUCUUCAUUCUGAGGAUAAAACUGAAUUAAAAUGGUGCAACUUCAAACUGUGUGUACUGUAUAAAAAAAACGCAGUUUAUUGUUUAAUGACAUUUUUUUAGACCAGGGGAGGCCGCAAGAGAGCGCUAUAGUAUGUAAUAUUAUUUUUGAUCAUUUAUUUCAGUGUUGCCAAGACAAUCAGACUAUAGGCCUACUAUUGUACAUGUAGUUUUAGGAAGGACGAUCAUAUUUGGAGUCCUUAGCAUUAAAAAGUAAAACAAAACAAAAAAUGUUA